AUGUCUCUUCCUCAUUAUCUGAUUAAUGUAGAAGUGUAUUUCAAUGGCUGCAAACUCGCUGAUGAAACCAAGAUUCCAUAUGACCCCGAAUCCUUUGCCAUCUUAAAAGAAACGUUGAAUAAUUUGCUGUCUGAUUCCGAUAACAAAAGGGUAAAAAAGGUCGAGUUUUGGGAGGAUUGGAUUGAUACAAAUGAAAGGGUGAAAUACAACCUAAUCGAGUUGAAGAAUGAUGAAGAUGUGAAGGCUAUGUGGAAAUCAUUUUGCCGUAGGAUAACUAAAGGUCCGAUCGAGUUGGAUGCAGAGAUCCGAAGAUCCCUCGACGACAUAAUGAAGUGUCUGAAACGUCCAGAGUCAUCCAAAAGUGUCUAG